AUGUCUCGUACUUGGAGUGCUUAUUUCGAUGAAACACAUCCCGAAGAUUAUCGUUUUCUGGAUUUUUACAAGUUCCGAUCACAAAAAUCUGAUUUCACCUUUUCUUUUCGUAAAGAAUCAGACAAACUGAAAAAGGAUCUCGAUAUUCUAACAACAAACGGUCCGGACAAUAUGAUGGAGGGGAGGCUUCCACAGCUACGGUGGAUACCUGCAUGCUGUCUAUCUUACGGUCUGAAUGCCCGUUGUGGAGAAGGAAACCCUCACAACUACGGUGGACACCUGCUUGCUGUCUACCUUAUGGGACAUCGGAAAUACUUUAGUGACGUUGACUCGUUUUGGAAAGAAAUUGAACUACAUGAGGAAUUGCAUAACAUUGAGGAAGAAGCUUUUAGAUCAAUAAUGCAUGAAACCAUAAAAGUUGUCGAUACUGCCAUUGAAAAUGCUCAUUCCACUGAGAGCAUCAAUACUAGACUGACAAACCCAAAAAAGCGUGUAAACAAUGUUAAAAUUCCCGAAAGUACAAAAAAAAAUGAAGAUUCCACCGUAUCUUAUACAUUGCCUAUCAAGGAAGAUAUAAAACAAAAUGAGGAAAAUCUAGAUGGACACCAAGAUGAAAACGACGCUAUAUCUAAUAAUUUGAGGGAAGUGACAGAAUCGAUGGUUGGGAAAGUAGAAAGAACAGCACUGAUUGUAAGCGAUGUCGAUUUGGAGAAAAUUUUUGAAGAUUACUGUAAUGAGUAUGAAAACACUUUUGAAAUGGGAAGAACUAAUAAAAGAUGUUUUCAAGAAUGGAUGAAAGUCUGGAGUGAGCUUCGUGUAAUUUCUGGUGAAAAUAAAGGCAAUGAAGUCCUUGUGAUAAAGGAUACGAUAUAUAAUAUUCUUUCACCAUAUAUUAAAGCAUUCAAGGCACCAUAUAAUAUACUAAAGUCAGGAGACCUCGAAGAAAAUCAGUAUAUUGCUCAGUUUAUAAAUCCAAUACUGAAUAACACUCUUGAUGCUAUCUGUAACGUCGACUGGCGAAUUCUCGAAGUUCCGAUAGAAAGCAGUAAGUAUCGACGUAAUACCAACCUUAACCCAAUUAUUGAUAAAGUUUUGUCAGCAAAACGUGCUGAUGGUCUAGCUCGCCUUUGGUUAAGCCAUGAGGAAAUCUUUAUAUAUGAGCAAAUCGAUCUUGCAAGCUUUGGUGCUUUGGGUUAUUGCGCAGCUGUAUCGUUAUUUUGGCUUACGAUACAUCAAAAAACAUAUAGUAUACGUGAAUUCGGGAGCUUUAGGAUUCCUCUUCUUUGGGAAGAUCUUCCUGUAUUAUCCGAAGCAAUUUCCUUCGUGAAAGGAAAUACAGAAAAACGCAAAUUACUUGUUGAUCCAAAACAGAAAUUAUUUGCUAAACGGAAGGUGCAUGCAGUAACGCAAAAUCCACCAACUCCCGAUAGAUCUAAAAAAAAAAAGAAAUGA